AUGUCAAGAGAGAAGCUGGUGAUGCGGCGGUGGGUUUCUCUCUGCCACGCACUCGGCAUCGACAACGCGCCCUCCGAGGAAUGGGGCGAAACAUUGCGAGACGGAUACAGCGAGGAAGGCCGCCACUACCAUACGUUUGAGCACGUCGCGGACAUGCUGGAACAGGCCGACAGAGACUUUCCUAACCUGCGACAUCCACGGCUUGUUCAGCUGGCGAUCUUCUUCCACGACGUCGUCUACGACCCCAAGAGCGGGAGCAACGAGGAGGACAGCGAAGCGUUGUUCAGAAAGUUUUCGGAGGCAGUGGGAUUGAGCGCUUCAGACUCGACUACAGUUUCGGACUACAUCAUCGCCACGAAACGACAUAGCGUUUCCGGGUCGGACGACCAAGACCUGCGGGCUUUCAUCGACCUCGACAUGGCGGUUGUCGGGAGAGAACGUAGCGGAUAUCUCACCUACGCUUCACAGAUUCGCGAAGAGUACAUCCAUGUUCCAGCCGACACGUACUGCAAAAAGCGAGCGGAAAUUUUGCGCGAAUUUCUCUCGACAGGCUCGAUAUUCGCCACUGACGAAUACCAACGAACCUUUGAGGCAAAAGCGAGAGAAAAUGUGGCAGCUGAGGUGGAGAUGCUCAACGCAGGGGUUAUUCCUACCGGAUGCACGGAGCAAGUUGUUGAGAGGACGGAACAAGUUGCUGAGAGGAGGCUUUCGUAA